AUGGAGGCGGACAACCCGGACGUCCAACACUUCCUCGGCAUCCAAUGGUGCGCGGCGCUCCUCAGCGAGCCGGGCACCGUCCGUGAGACGGCGGCGUCGCGGUUCCCGAAGCCCAGCACGGAGGACCAGCUGUUCUCGACGACGCUGCACACGGAGGAGACGAUUGCCGCGUUCCUGACGUUUUACAAACGGCCGUCAUCUUCGUCUCCAUCGCCAACAACCACCCCGUCGGCAUCAUCAUCAUCAUCAUCAUCAUCAACGCCCGCCGUUGCAACGGACGACGGCGGCGGCGGCGGCCACCUUGUGCGCGAGCUCAAAUCCCUCCUCACGCUCCGCGCCGGCGUCAACGGGUACCCCAACGUGUCGCACGGGGGCAUCGUCGCGACGGUGCUGGACGAGACCAUCGGCAUGGUCUUCCUCGUCAACAAGACCGAGGGGCUGAUGCCGGAGGAGGAGUCGUACAUGACGGCGUACCUCAAUGUGACGUACGUGCGGCCCGUGCAGACGCCGCAGACGGUGCUGUGCGUCGUCGAGGUCGUGCGGGUGCAAGGGAGGAAGUGGUGGAUCCGAGGACGGAUCGAGGACCGGGAGGGGAGGGUGCUGGCCAAGGCGGAGAGUUUGUUCGUCAGGCUGAAGGAGAAGCUGUGA